AUGAACUUGCCUAGAACCAGUUGUAACCUCCUUUUUUCUGUUCAGAGAAUCGUCUACAGUGGUGUUACAUUCGCACUUUCUUCCAUCUUGUUAACGGGUCAAAAUGACGCCUUCACAUUGAGUCUCAAUGCCCGCUGUAAGGAUUUUCGAAUGUCAACAGUGACGCGAUUUAUUGGACCAUUGGUUAUAAUACUGCAGAUUCUGGUCCAUAUUUUAAUGCAGAUUCUGGCUCAUACAUCUUUAAUGUCCUCAUGGAGUUCCUCACCCGAUUUCGCACACCUGUUGGAUUUUUGCUGCGAGAGGUUCGUUUUCAGUUCUAAGAAAGAUUGGAUACCGAGAGAGUUAUCAUUAGCCAACUCACGCAUACUCUUCAGGGAUCGCAUGCGUGCUGCCGAUGUGAGGACUCUGAGUGAUGACAGAUGGUUCUUAGUAGAAACUAAUUUCGAUCCCUGGAAAAAACCCGGUGACAAGAGGAGGUUCGUCUACUGA